AAACAUCUACAUCAUAAACACACCCACACCAGAAACACUCUAGAGACGCUUCAUCUUUCUGUGUUAAAUACUUUCUCUCUGUCCUGUUGAUAAUAGUUUGGUGAUAAAAACCUUCACAAAUGUGUCAGAAAAUGUCUCGUCUGAUAGUUCUUCUGUCUUUAUUCUUCUGCCAUUCAAACGGUGUGUUUGGUGAUGAAGUGAAGGCAGUGUCAGUGAUGGAGGGACAUUCUGUUACUCUACACACUGAUACUCAACUACACACACAUGAUGUGAUCGAGUGGAGGUUUGGUGUUCAGAGUCCAGAUGAGAUUAUAGCUGAAAUCAACAAAGAAGCCAAAACAAAACCAUUUAUUAUUGAGAGAUUGAAGAAUCAUGUAGAGAUAGAUGAUCAGACUGGAUCUCUCAUCAUCACAAACAUCACAACUCAACACACUGGACGCUAUGAACUAGAGAUCAUUGGAAAUACUUUUCAAAACAAACACUUCAAUCUGACUGUCUAUGCGGGUCUGUCUGUUCCUGUCAUCAUCAGAGACUGUUCUUCAUCAUCUUCAUCAUCAAAAUGUGUGUUGUUGUGUUCAGUGGUGAAUGUGUCACAUGUGAGUGUCUCCUGGUAUAAUGGAAGCCGUGUUCACUCCAGCAUCAGUGUGUCUGAUGUUAAAACAACCGCAUCUUUGCAUCUGGAGGUGGAAUAUCAAGACAACAACACAUACAGUUGUGUCAUCAACAAUUCAAUCACAAACCUCACACAACAUCUACACAUCGAUCAUGUCUGUCACACGUGUGAAGUUUGGGUCGAGUGCUGUGGUCGUACUGAAGCUGUGAUCCGAUUGGUCGUCUCUGCUGUAGUGGGUGUGGCUACUGUUGCUGUUCUGGUUUAUGACAUCACAUCCAGAUGAGAAUCACCAUUAAACUGUUGUGGUCUCAUCACACGUGUGGUCUCAUGUGUCCAGUGGACAAGUUUGUUCCUAAGAGCUCGUCUGAA